UCCAUUAGCUGUACACUCCUCCCCCUAUACAGUAGCUCACAGACUGGGGUAGAGAGGGAUUAGGUGUGGACUAGGUUUUCCUGUCCGGACACUUUCCAGCCUCUAUCACUUUUUUAAAAAUUAAAUUCUAAACUCCACGUGAAUAGUCAAACAGUGAAACUUCUCCAGCAGACGAGGAAGACCUGGGAGGACUAUGAGAAAAUCCCAAGAUGUACAGUUGGAUCUCCUCACAGAUCACCUUUCAAAAAUUGCAGAUUUAUGUAGGAGUAGUGAUGGAUUACCUGAAGAGCUGAGAAAACACCUGGAGAAAGCCUCAGAUAUUGUUCAUGGGAUGAAACAGUAUCCAGCAAGAAAAGAUCCAGAGGAUUCCUGCAGAUGGUCAUCGGUGAAAGAGUCCAAAUCAUCAGUUAAUGAAAUAUAUAAAAUGGUGGCACAACUUACAAGCCCAAGAAGGAUUCUUUAUUUGCCCCAUCAAUCCUCUGAAAACCUGCAAGAAUUGUUAGACCAGUUGCCAGAAGAUGGUCAGAUAGUUGCCUGUGUUUCCGGUCCAGACAAGCAUCAUCCAUGGAAAGAGUCUUCUUGCAGGAAAAAGUUACAUACUGAAGUCGGGAUAACGGGGGACGUGUUAAAGAAGUUAGCCGCUUCGGGCGAGCAAUAUGACAUGGUGUUUAUCGACGCCACGGAGGAGAAUCCUAUAAACUAUUACAACCUGAUUAUGAACAGCAAUAUGCUAAAAAUGGAUGGUGUGAUUUGCCUACAAAACGUUUCUGCAAACGAGACGAGAAGCCAGGAGCACAUCAAUGAUGAGAUGGGAUUAAAGUCCAAGGGAAUGACAGAUGUAAUUAACGCAGACACCAGAGUGAAGCAGGUAGCACUACCAGUAGAGGGCGUUACUGUCAUAAAACGCUUACGUGUUUCUCAUGUUGCUGACACAAUGAAAGGGAUUGUAAUUGAUGAAGUCUUUCGAGGACUCAAAGGCCGCUGCAUACUGGAUCGCCUUCGUUUGGAUGGGAAGGUUGCUUAUGUCACUGGAGGAGGUCAGGGCAUUGGACGAGCCUUCGCUCACGCCUUGGGAGAAGCCGGUGCUAAAGUGGCCAUCAUAGACAUGGAACGUGAAAAAGCCGAGAUUGUGGCCAAUGAAUUACACCUAAAAGGCAUCCAAUCUGUUGCUAUGGCAGCCGAUAUUAGCAAAGAAGAAGACGUGAAAAGAGUUGUGGACACAAUAGUGACUAAUUGGGGAAAAAUUGACAUUGCAUGUAAUAAUGCAGGAAUUAAUAUGAACUCAGCCAGCGAAGAGACGACAUUGGAGGAAUGGGAUAAAACCUUCAGUGUGAACCUACGUGGCCUGUUCAUGUGCUGUCAGGCUGCAGGCCGCAUAAUGCUGAGUCAGGGAUAUGGGAAGAUAAUUAAUACCGCGUCUAUGGCAAGUUUAAUAGUACCACACCCACAGAAGCAGUUGGCAUACAACACCUCAAAAGCUGGAGUGGUGAAAUUAACACAAACAUUGGGAACAGAAUGGAUUGACAGAGGAGUGCGUGUCAACUGCAUUUCACCGGGCAUUGUAGAUACACCGCUCAUCCAUUCAGAAGCCUUGAAACCACUAGUAAAGCGCUGGUUGGCCGAUAUACCUGCCGGGCGGCUGGCACAAGUGACAGACCUGCAGGCUGCGGUGGUCUACUUGGCGUCAGAAGCUUCAGACUACAUGACUGGCCACAAUUUAGUUAUUGAAGGGGGCCAGAGUCUUUGGUAGGAAACAUUAAAGGGGUAUUCCAGGCUUUUGAGGCUUUUCCAGGAUAGGUGGUCAAUAUCAGAUUGGAGGGGAUCCAACACCCGGUACCCCUGCUGAUCAGCUGUAUGAGGAGAAGGCACGUGCCAUGCGCCUGUGUCAUCUCCUGUCUCUCUUCCUGCUUGCCAUAGACAUAGCAGCAGCGAUCGGCGGGGGUCUGACACCCGGCUCUGAUAUUGAUCACCUAUCCUGAAAACAGGUCAUCAUCAAUACUAAAAGCCUGGAAAACCCCUUUAUGAAAAUGGAACAUGUUCUCCAACAGUCAGAAACUGGUUCAUCCCCGUUAAAUAGAUUGUGCCACGAAAAAUAUUCAACAUUUUUCAAACCAGCAGCUGGAUCUGAAUACUUUUGUAAUUUCAUGCAAUUAAACAUUUA